CAGCGCUCGCAGCGCGGGCUCGGCGGAGCGGGCACCGGCCGGUGCCGCCGCCCGGCUGCCUCUGUGAGCACCCCCGAGCGUCUCCCCUCAGUGCUACCCCUCGGGACUAGCAGCGCGUUUAUUCUGGUUUCCGUCUUAAUGUGGUGCAGUCACGUCAGAAGGAUGAGGAAGAUCCUUGUGUCCAACCAGUCUGUCAGGGCUGUGAGCAUUGCACAGCGGUUUGGGACCCAGAACGGCAGAGCAGGAUGUCAGUGCGCCUCAGGCAACGUUUGCUAUUAUCUCGGAAUCCACUUUUCUUCUUUAGACUCUUGCUCUAAUUUCUCUUAGCAGUUGUCAUUCUGCUUUGGGAGAAACGCAGGAAGAAGAGAGCUGUACUCUUGGAAGAUGAAGACUCUAUGGGGAAUUCAUGCUAAUGCACUGGCAUAUUCUAUGACUACCUUAGGUGCUGGAAUGAUGAACAGCAUUUUUAAUUUCUACUACGUUAAGCUUUUCCUAAACCGAUACAAAAUUUCAGAAACAGGAUUUCAUGUAGCACAGGUUGUGUUUAUGAUCUGGAACGCCAUCAACGAUCCCCUUUUUGGGUACAUUCAAGACAACUCCCGGCUGAAGUGCUGCGCGCGGCGCCAGUUCUCCAUUCUGUACGGAGCCCCUCUGUACGGCCUGGCCUUCCUGCUGCCCUGGUUCCCCUGGAGGCACUACGGGGAGGGCGACUGGCUGAGCAGCCUGCACCUCAUCGUCGCGCUGUGCGCCUUCGACGGGCUGCUGACCUUCGUGCUGCUGGCGCAGUGCGCGCUCUUCGCCGAGAGCUCCAGCAGGCACGACAGCAGGCUCCGGCUCAUCAAGUACAACCAGGUGGCAACGCUGCUGGGCUCCACCAGCGUUCUCUUCUGUGGGCUCGUGUCUGAUAAUAUGGAAAACUUUGGGUAUUUCCAGGUUUUCACUGUUUUGAUCGCAGCGCUAGCGACGGCUUGUAUGUGUUGCACAGGUAAAUACAGCACGAGUCAGUAUGAGCAGAGGGAAAUUCGUACGGAGGAUGCUAAUCUGGAAAACGGUGAUGGAGCUUUCUCCUUGGCCUCAGUAGUUUCAUUGACCAAACAGAUCAUGACAGAGAAGAACUUUCUAUGUUUUGUAACAAUGAACUUCUUCCAAGUCUUCCACCUAGCCUUCUACAACAAUUUUAUGAUGAUCUUUGCGGAUAAUCUUAUUCCUAAGGAUGUCCUUUCUUCCUCAGUAAGAAGUAUCAUGUAUGGAGCAGGUUUUAUUUGUCCUCAGUGCCUUGUUCUUCUUAGUCAUGCUUUCUUGAAGAAGUUUGGUUAUUACAGAAUCAUCUUAUUUUCCUUUUACUAUGAAGGAGUAGCUGCUGCUGUCAUGUGUCUUCUAGGGCAAGAACACUAUUAUCUGCUGGCAUUUUAUGUCACAACAAACAUGGUAAUUGUACAAGCUUCAUUUAGCUUGUUCAAUUUGCCUUUGGCAGAUAUUGUUGAUGCAGAUUUAAUAAAGCACAAGAGGAGAUUACCACUUUCCUCUAUGGUUUUUGGUACCAAUGCUUUAUUUACCAAGCCUGCCCAAUCUUUGGCUCCAAUGGUUGUGGUUACAAUACUAAAUCAUUAUGGAUAUUAUAACCUGAAUAAUGUACCUGGUCAUCCUGAUAUGAGCAGGUCAUUUUUGGAUCUCCAUGAUGCCAUGUUCUACCUGGUCUGUCUGGUUCCCCUCUGCAUUGCAGUCCUACAGAUCCUGACCUGGACUCCCUUUUCCAUCCAGAACAGCCACCUGGCAGCUCCACAGUAAAUAUGGAACCAGUGGUCAGUGCAUCUCCUGCUGAACCACAAGAGAGUUCAGUAAGUUUUUCAUGUGAGAGAGCAAAAUUGCAAGAUGAAACACAGAUUGAGCUGUUUCAUUCAGUCUCUAUAGACCGUGACUCACAUUCAGCCUUAGUUCUGAUCCUAUACAAGUUUUUCCCAGUUCAUUUGCUUUCUGUUAAUGGGUUUUAUCCUUAAUUACUUUAUUUAAAGUAAUUUCUGGUAUAUAAUGAUUACUGUUAACUCAUUUGAAGAAAGGAUGUGGCAGAUCAGGGAAAGGGAUCCCAACCCAGCACCUGGAAUUCAAGGGAACUGUAUUUUCUGAAGCCUACUGGUGGAUUAAUUUUGCCAUACUGAUAAAAUAGCAGAUCUCUGAAGUUAAUAUGGAAGAUCCCAGUGGACAUCCCUCAUGGAUGGCAGGGAGAUAAAAAUUUAGAUGGUGUCUAGCUGGCCAGUAUCAAGACAAAUCUGACAGCUACCAUGGGAAGAGCCAAGAGUAAUUAACUAUGCUGUGAAAGUCCAUGUAAGGCUAAAGAAUAAAAGGAUUCAGAUGCUGUUCAGUGUUGCUCAAUAUGGAAAAAGCUCAGUAAGUCCUCACUGGCUUUCAGAAUCUCUGGUUGGUAGAAGGUCAGUGCAGUUUUCUGGCUUUAAAUGGGAAAAUAAUUUUGAAGGUAUCCUACAAAUAGUGCCUCAUACAAAACGUCAUUGUGGCAAGGACAGCAUUAGUCUGUGGAUGUAGGGUUCAGCUCUUGGACAAAUGUAGGCACACACAGUUACUAAACCAAGCUCUACCUGUUCAGUGGUGUUAUGUUGGCUAACUCAUUUGGUGUGGCUAUUUAAGUAAAUUUCUGAAUCAUCAAGUUGAAGUUAGUUAAUUCCUGAUUAAUUCUUAUCAGUUAGGAUUUUAAAUGAAUCCUGUGAUUUUUAUAAAACAAAGGGGUUUUGACCAAAAUUUAGAAACAUUGAGUCCUCUCUUCAUUUCACACAUUGUAAUGCUAAGACACAUUAGCGUGUUUACAGUACUCCCAUUUAAUCAAUAUUAUUCUUCCUCCAGUAUAUCCAUGGUGUAAUAGUGCAGUGAUAAAUACCUUUAGCAUAAUACAAUCACUGCAUUUUUGUAUUUUGUUUUGCCUGGACAAACACAGUUUUAGUAGCACCUUUCUUAGGGAGUCCCACUUGAAAGUACAAGAGCAUUGUGUGGAUCCCAGCUUUAAAAGGCUGAGCGAGCUGGUUUGCAAGGCUCUACACUUACUGUGAUAGGUAACUUGGAAGAGAAAGGAGUAAGAAAUAUAAGAAAUGGCUUUGCCUUUUGGUGGACACCCAGCAUAAUUUAAUGAAUUAGUUUGAGAUUUGAAAUAGUUUGAGAUUUGAAAUGCUAGAGUUGAAAAAAACAUUCAUUUGUGCCUUGGCUUUUACAUUUGUAGAGCAGAAAUAACAUCAUUUCCUUGCCUUUUUUGAUGUGUGAAGUGCUUUCAAGGCGAUGAAUGAAAAAGAGGGAGAUCUUCAUUAAAUAUUUAGAAAUCCAAAUGAACCCUUUGAUAGAAAUAUGAAGAUUUAUGUUAAAAUGUAAGAAGGCAGAAGUGUGGUGAAGUUUGAACUUGCCUUAUCUGGUUUUUAUCUGUCUUGUCAGAGACACUGUUGUCCAUUUGCAUUGUGCAUGCUGACAGCAUUAUGUGCACAUACAUCAUCACUUGUGUGCUCUGUGGAUGGGUAAAUACAAAUACCAGAGCAGAUGCAGCCUGUGUGUUUAAGGUUUGAAUUUGAAAAGAUUUCCUGCAUUGUAUGUAUUUAUUUCAUGUCUGAAAGGCAGGAGCAGAAGUUGAAGGAAUUUAAGUUAAUAUAAUCUUUGAUUCAUUAUAUGAAACAGUCUUCUCCCUGACAGUUCCUUUAAAAUGGUAAUAACAUUAAAUAGUCUCUUUUUUCUUCAUUGUUUCUAUAUUUCCUAAAUUUCCCAUGUUUAUCCUAUCUUUAUAGAAUAUAUAUCUUAACAAAUACAAUCAAAUAACGUUAUUGUACCAUAAA